AUGGGAGAUAUUAACGAACCACCAGCCACUCCUGCUGAACUUCUGCAUUAUUAUACGAAACUUAUCAACUAUGAGUUUCGUAAUUUACAACUUGAUCAUACGUUAGUUAAUAAAUCGUUGUUUGACUUAAUUGACUAUUGUGAGUUGUUGUAUGAGAAAUCAAGUAGUGAAAUAAGUUCAUUGGACCCUAAACAGAAUCUUCAUGGUAUAAAGACAUACACCAGGGGAUAUUUGAUCUUCAACUACUUCAUCAACAGUUUUAUCAUGAUACAUUUCCAAGGGUUUGAUUCUUUUAUUGAGACCAAUGAAACUGAUUUCAUCAUUUAUCUCAAUAUCUUUGCAUUUUACAAUCAUGAAGUUUAUUUCUCAAACGGGAUCUAUUCAAUAAGCUCAAACAAAUUACAAUUCUAUGUGAAACGGUAUUUGUCAGAAAAGAAAUUGUUAAGUUUCGAUAUCGACGAGCUUUAUACUUGGUUGAAUGACUAUAUAGAGUACUUAAAAGAGAAGGAUCAACAGGAACAGCAACAGCCACCAGAACCACCACAACAACAACCACAACAACAACCAGUAAGCAACAGUGAGUCUGAAUUUGAAACUCCGCCUCCGUAUGUUCAAGGAUACAAUUUAUCAACUGAAGAAUUAGAUUUUAAACAGCGAUACCCUUCGUUAGAUAUGAAAAAUUUUACACCAGAACAACCAUCAGAACCAUCAUCAUCUCCGGCACCUCCUCAGGCCCCAGCAGGAGCAUCUUCUCCUCCACCAGUACCUAAACAAUUACCACCUGGGUUGACACCCACGACUCAGACUUUACAAUCAAGAUCAUUUUCUCCCCAACCACAACCUCUUACUAUUCCACAACAACAACAACAGAUACUGAAAAGAUAUACUUCUCCUGCAUUAAGUCCAACAAUUCCAUACCCAACAAAUCAAGAAUCUGUACCAUUGCCACAGGUAAAUCACAAUGGAUAUUCUCGUCCUAGAUCUGAGAUCCCCCAGGUUCCUCAGAUCCAGAAUAAUUAUUAUCAACAACAACAACAACAACAACAACACUACCAAUCGAGACAACAACCUGCCCAUGCUAAAUUCACCAAUUAUCACAAUGGUGCAACACCAGGAAUUAGACAUUCAUAUACUCAACCUAGUUUAACUUACCAGCAAGGACCACAAGCACCAUUACCUCAAAUACCUCCACCACAAGUGGUUACUCCUAAGGUCGAUGUUUUACACCAACUUUCCGUGUGUGGAUUACGUAAUUUUGGAUCAUCAUGUUAUAUUAACUCAACGGUACAAAUCUUAUUUGGGAUACAUUCAUUCAAAUCGAUUUUCCUUCAAGGGUUUCAAAAAUUCAUUAGAGAUCCAAAAUAUCUUUCAGUUUUAGCCCAUCCCAAUUCCCACAAUAAGAAUUCGGUAUUGUUAGCUGAUGCGAUAUCUGGCCUAUUACGUACUUUUCAACAAAAUGGUGGUUUAUCAAUAUCUCCUACCAAAUUCAUUAGAAUAUGUUCAUUGUUAAAGCCAGAUUUCAAUAUUCCUCAUGAACAACAGGACGCGCAGGAGUUUUUACUAUUCAUAUUAGAAAGACUUCAUGAUGAGUUUGCCAAUAAGCAAGUUCUGGGAUACGAUUUAGAAGACUAUAUUCGCAAAUGGAAAAUUAAUAUAAAUGUUAAGGACAAGAAUGAAUAUUUACAUUGGUGUAAUUCAUUGAUCAAACAUGAGGGGACAUCACCUAUCCAUGAUUUAUUCCAAGGUCAUUUACAGAAUAAAUUAACUUGUACCAAAUGUUCCUAUGAACUGAUUAGUUAUUCUUCAUUCAGCAUUUUGUCGUUACCUAUACCAAGAAUCAGAAAUAAGCAAAUGGUUGAUUUGACUGACUGUUUAAGAUAUUACACCCAAGAUGAAGUACUUUCUGGGGAUAAUGCAUGGCAUUGCCCAAGAUGUAAUGGAGAAAUUGGGCAUAAAUUAGAUAACCACCCCGUGUUUGUGAACAAAAAAUCCGGGAUUUUCCAAUUAGGUAAAAAGACCAAGCCUAACAAGACCAAUGGAAAACAAAUAACAACCGUGUCAACUAAAAGUCUUACAUUUGUUAAAUUACCACAGAUAUUGUUUAUCCAUUUAUCAAGAUUUUCAAUGUAUAACUUAACAGAUAAACUAGAUACGGUCAUUAAGUAUCCAUUACUACUUAAAUUCAAUAACAACGGCCAUGAAAUAGUAUACAAACUUUCAGGUUUGAUUAACCAUUUUGGGAAUUUGAAGAGUGGUCAUUAUACUUCAGUGGUCAACAAAUCCGUCAAUGUCAAUCUGCUGAAUAUUGAUAAUAUGUAUCAUCCAUUUUGGUGUUUGUUUGAUGAUGAGAAUGUUCAAUCAAAUAUUCCUAAUGGAAGUUUGAAUGGCCCUUAUACCGAGUUGACUUCAAGAGAUGUUUAUGUGUUGUCUUAUGAAAGAGUAUAA